AUGAAAAAUGAAGUAAACAAUGAUACAUUAUCAAAUGAAAAAAAUAAUAAUUAUAAUAAUUAUAAUAAUAAUAAGAAUAAUUUAAAUUAUUAUGGGGGUACAUUUAAAAAUGAUGAGAAAAAAAAUAAAAAUAGACGAAAAAAAAAAGGAAUGAAUAUCAUUGCAAUAUUGAUCAAAAUAAUAAACCCCAACAAACAUAUAAAAGAAAAAAACAAAUUAGGAAAUUAUGUAGAUAAUAUUGAUAAAAUAAAUUUAAAUGAUAGUGAAACAUUAUAUAAUCUAUACAAUUUAAUAAGAAUGAAUCCAUUAUUAAUAAGUUAUUUCUUAUUAGGAAUUAUAUUAGAAAAAUAUAUUAAACAUACCGAAAAACAAUUAUCAUCCAAUUCACAAGAUUUUACAAAUAAUGUUUUAUUUAAAUAUGUAUUAGGAUAUAGUGGUACUAGUAAUGAUAUAUUACCAGAAGAAAUACGUAAAUGUAAAUAUGAAAAGAGAACUAUAGGUUCUAUAUUGAAUAUUAUUAAUGAUACUAAUAUUGUUAAUUUUAUAUUUUUGCCUUCCAAAUUUUCACCUAUUCAAAUAUUAAAAAGUUUACGAUAUUCCAAAAUCAAAUUUAAUAGUUUAAUAGACACAGGUUAUUUAAUUAAUAAUAUAUCUCCAAAGAAAGUUGCUUAUUAUAUAUUACAGUUUCUUGAUUAUAUCGAUUGUUGUAUAUAUAUAGAUAAUGGUAAGCACAUGUGUAUGUUGCCUUUAGAAAAAAGGAGACAUCUAAAAAAACCAAAAAGAACAGAAAAAAAAAAAAAAAUAAAAGGUGAUAAUGAGGAGAUGUUAGUAAAUCCUGAAUUGUUGAAGAAGGGAUAUGAUGUCAAAAGUGAAGGUAAUGAAACUAGGUCUAAUAAUAUUAAGGAGAAAUAUUUAUAUAAAAAGAAAGUAAAAUCAAGAAGAUCUAGAAGAUCAAAAAACUGGAACUCAAAGAUAGAAGACAAUCUCAACUUCAGUGUUGAAAUAAUUCCUCUUCAAGAUUGUUAUGUUUCAAUAAAAAGACGUUUUAUAUAUUUUGAUCAUAUAAAUACUUUUGGUCAGGAUAUAAAACAAUAUAUAAAUGCAAAUAGUUUAGUAACUGUAAAUAUAGGAAACGAUAUAUCAUCAUUUAGUCAAGGCGUUUUUAGAUUGAGAUCUAUAGGAAUGAAUCAAAAAAUAUUUUUCUUAAUACCACUAUGUCUUGUAAAAUUGAUGAAUAUAAAUACGAAUUUGUUUAAUGAGUUAAUAUAUUCAUAUUAUAUGAACAGCAACAAUACAAAUGAAAAAAGAAAAAAAAAUCAUAAUAAUAAUAUUAAUAAGAGUGAUAACAUCAUCAAGAGGAAGAAGAUGAAUGUUAUGAAAAAAUUCCAAAAGUCUAAAAAGGUCAUAAUAAAAAUGUGUAAUAAAAAUUAUAGUGAUGAUAGUAAAUCAGGUUCUGAUUCAGAUCCUAUUCUCUUUAGCAGUACAGAUAGUAGUGAUAGCAAUGAUACUUAUAAUAGUAGUAAUAGUAGUUAUGAUAAUAAUAUUGAUAAUAUCGAUAAUGAUAAAAAUCAUUUUGAAUUAUUUAAUACAUAUGAAAAUACAAAUAAUAAUAACUAUGAAUAUAUAUUAAAUAAUGAUUAUAUUGAUGAAGAAAAUAUGCUUUAUAUGAUUGAUUGUUAUAAUAGUAUCUUUUUAGAUAAUGAGACAAAAGAAAAUGUAUUAAAAGAAUUAACACAUUUUUUAAUUUUAAAUAAUAUUAAUAAUAAUAUAAAACAAUGUGAAUUAUUAUGUGUACAUGGAAUUGUAAAUUUAAUAAAAAAGAAAAGUAUAAAAACAUUAAUUGAUAAUUAUAUAAAUAUAGGUGUUAUAAGUUAUAAAGAAUAUCUAGAUAUAUUCAAUACUAGUAUAGAUUUCGAUAUUCAAACACAAGUACCAUCUAAAAAUAAUUCACUCUUAUGCAUAGUCCAACUGAUAGAAAAAUUUCAUAAAAUAUUUACACCACAAGAUGAAUUAUAUAUACAACAUAUUAUAUAUAAAUAUUUCUGUUUACAUUAUGACUUUUCUAAUAAAACUAUUUAUAUGUAUUUUGAUGCAUUCUUUCCUAAGAAAGAUUUUUUAAAAAUCAAUGUAUCACAAGUAAUAUUAGAUUUGUUUAAUAAACUCAAAAAAAUUAAAAAAGACAACAUGAUAUUAAACAAGAAAAAAACAUUGAUCAAAACAUCUGAGAAUAGUUGUGGUAUUUAUAAUAAUAAUAAUGAUGAUGAUGAUGAUGAUAAUAAUAGUAAUGCAGAUAAUCAUUUAUUUAGUAUGGAAAAUGAACAAGAAAAAGAAAAGGAAAAAGAAAAGGAAAAAGAGAAAGAAAAAGAGAAAGAGAAAGAAAAAGAGAAAGAAAAAGAAAAAGAAGAAGAAAAAAUUGUUGAUGAUCCAAAAAAAAAAAAUAUAAAAUAUAAAAAAGAUGAAUAUAAAUUAUAUCAUUGGACUGUUGAUGAUAUUAAUAUUGAUUUAUAUGGUAUGCCAGAUAAAGAUCAUAUUAAUAAUAAAAGUACAAAAAAUUUUAUGAAUAAUAAAAUAAAUGAAACGUUUAAAAAAUUAAGAGAUGAUGGCCCAUUAUUUAUUCCUUUGAAUAAAAUGUGUGUGAAUGAUAUAUAUUUGAACUUUCCUUCUUAUGUAUAUGUAUCUAAAAAUUUUAUAAAUAAUGAAAUUAUAAAUACUAAAAGGGUAAAAAAAUUGAAGAAUGUAUUGGUAGUAAUAGAGUGUGUAUAUAACAGUAAUGGGGAUGAUAAUAAUAUUGAAAGUAAGAUAAAUAUUAAUAAUAUGAAUAGUGCUAAAAAUAUAAAUAGUGUUAGUAAUAUAAGCAAUAAUAAUAGUAGUAAUAAUUAUAUGAAUAAUAAUUAUGAUGUAUAUGCAGAAAGAGAUAUACUGAAAAAUAUUUGGAAUAUAUUACAUGAAAGUGAUAAUAUUGAAGAAAUGUUAAAUAUAUUAGAUAUUAAUCCCUUUAAAUAUUCUUAUGAUUUAUCUAAUAUUAUAAGAAAUUAUUUAGAUAAGAAUAAAAAUGUUAAUAAUAAUCCAUUUAUAAAUUUUACUCACAUUUUGAAUGAAUUAGAAUUAUAUUUUAGUAAUAGUAAUAAAAAAUAUAUUAUAGUAAGCUUACAAGAAGCAGAGACAUUGAGAUAUCAUAUACAUAAAAAAUCGAACAUUCAAAAGAUAUAUGAAGCUUAUUUUAAGAAUAUUACAGGCCAUGCUCAUAAUAAAGAAGAAACAAAAUAUAUGUAUAAUUAUGAAAAUGAAGAUAUUAAUGUGAGUCAAAAGAAUCAUGAUCAUAUUAAAAAGAAAAUGCUUACUGUUGAGAAUAAUAUGGAGAAAGAAAAUAUGAACAUAUUUGAUAUAAUAGAUGAAAAAAACCAAAAAAAUAAUAACACCAAAAAUAAUGAUGAUGAUGUUUUGAGGAGUAAACACAUUUGUAACGAUAUCGAUGGACAUAUUAUAAAUGAUAAUAUGAGUGAUGAUAAUUUUUUGAAUGAUCCAUGGGGCUUACAUGAAAAUAUUUCUAGUAUAAAUUUAGGUAUUGAUAAAACAAAUGAAAAUGAUAGUAUUGAUAAUUUUUUUUCAGGAAAUAUGGAUAGAAUAAAUAAUAAAAAUAAGGUUGAAGAUAAUAAUAAUAAUAAUAAUAAUAAUAAUAAUAUAGAUAAGAAAGAAAAUAAUAUAAAAGAGAGAAAAAAUACUUAUAAUAAGAAUAUUAUGGAUAUUCUAAAUAUUAAAGGUUGUGGUGAUAAUAUAUUAGUUAGUUGUAAUAAUAUUAAUAUAAAUAUUUAUAAUUAUAAUUUUUGGUUUACUCCUAUAGAAAUUAGUGAUAAGAAUAAUUUAAGAAAAUAUUUAUCUAGACAAAUACAAAUUGUUUAUAGUGUUUGUAAAUUUUUUAAUUCUGAUCGUAAAUUUAUUGAUGCACAUGUGAAUUUAUUAUUACAAUAUUUAAAUUUCAAUCCACCUAAACAUCGUUUUAAUUAUUUCAAUGAAUUAUAUUUAAUAAGAAGACUUAUGAAAGAAAAUCAAAAUGGUGGUCUUAAAAAUAUGGAAAAGAAUUUUUAUCUUCCAAAUAAAUUACAUCUAGAAGUUUUAGAGAAAAAAUUAUUUGAAGGUAACGGUGAUAUAUAUGCAUUUAAAGUUAUUCAAGAGAGGGUAAGACAAAGUUUAAAAGAAAAGAAUUUAACAUUACAAAAAAUAUUUGAAAAGGAUUUAAAUUAUAUAUGUACUAUAGAAGAUAUAAGAAUAGUGUUGGAUUAUUUAAAUAUAAAGGAUAAAAAUUCUAUUCAUAUAUUAUUUGAUGUAUUAGGAAAAAAUAUAACUCUGCAUGAAUUAUGUUUAUUUCUUAAUCCAAUAGAAAAUAAAAGAAAUAAAAAGAAUAAACUUUUAAAAGGGAAGAAACAUCCAAGUAUGUUACAAGAUGAUACAGAUUAUUUAAAUAAUAAUAUAUCAAAUAAACAAAAAAAUUUAGGUAUUCAAAAUAAACGAUAUAAUAAUAAUAAUAAUAAUAAUAAUUAUAUGGAUCAUCAUCAUAAUUAUCUUAUAAGAGAUAUAGAAAAAUAUUUAAAGAAUUUUAGAUUUACAUUAACAGAACAUACACAUAUGAAAUUAGUAUGGUCAGGCAAAAUAGCUCACCAGAGAAUACAUAACGAUAUGACAGAUAUGAAUAAUAAAAAUAGUAUAUAUAGUAUGAAUAAUAUAAAUUCUUUAUCAUAUAAUGUUACUAAAAAUGAACAACUCAAUAAGGAUAACAAUAUGAAUAUGAUGAAUAAGAAUAAUAUUAUUAAUAGUCAAUAUGAUUAUAUAAAGAAAUCAUCUACAAAUGAUAUUAUAAGUGAUAUGUUUUAUACAUUUCAAAAUAAAACACAUAAUAAUAAAAAUGAAAUAGACCUAUUAACUAACACAAAUGAACAAAACAAUAUGAGUAAUAUGUCUUAUAAUGAGAAUAUGUUUUAUAUAUAUGAAGCAGAAAAUGUAGAUCCAAAGGAUAGAGGAAUUAUGAGUAAGAAUAAGCAUAAAAUUGUAUGCGGUCAUUAUGCAUCAAAUAAUAUGUAUGAUAUGAAUAAUAAUAAUAGUAAUAAUAAUAGCAAUAUGAAUAUAAAUAAUAAUAUUUAUAAUAAUAUUAAUUCCUUUCCAAUUAUUGAAAUGACUGAUAUCACUAUUAAUAGUAUGUAUACAAGUACAUCAGGAAAUGAUAUGUUAAAUUUAUUAUUUCCACAUCCAAAAAAAUAUCUUUUAUUAUGGCAUGAAGAUUAUUCUUUAAAAAAUGUAAAUGAUUGUUUACAUAUAUGGAAACCUAUCCUAUCAUCUUCUGCUUAUUUUUCAAAUUGUAUUUUUGUUGGACAUGUAGCUACAGUAGGACCACAAAUCCCACCGUUAAAUAAAAUUAGAGCUAUUCCAAAGGUACUUGUAAAAAAUGUUCAAUCAAAGAAAUACUCCACAUUUUUUGCAGAUAAUAGUUUUGCUAUUGACAAUUCUGGUGUCUUCAGUACCUUAAACAUACACUUUUUUAAUGGCUUGGAGUUCAAAAAUUAUGAAGAAUUUACAUUUAAGAAUUUUUCCUUAAGUGUUAUUUCAAAGAUGAAAAAAAUAAAAUCUGUCAACGAAGAUAUAUUUAAUUUAUGGGGUGAUGAAAAUAAAGAAAUUGAACUACAAGAUGAAGAUGAUGAAUCUUCCUCAGAGUUGGAAAUUAUUGCACAACCUUAUUAA